CUCGACGCGACCGUGGAAAACAAAACCGCGUCUACCUACCAGGUGAUAAUCAUGUCCCUGAUACAACCCAGCACUCAGCCAAAAGCCUCUCAGAAAGCGUCGGGGCGUCGCAAUGAGAACAACAAGCUAUAUGCCAACCCCCUCCCAAUCAUCUUCGCCGAAGAACAGUCAUCUGCUGUCUGGCACAAGGCUCUCGGUUUACUACUGGGUGUUUCUCUGACCCGGGUUCUGAACCCUCAUUGUGAAGGUGUCUUUGAUGCUACGACGCGCUCGGUAUGGGUGACAGAUAUGAAACAAGCCAUGACGCUGUGGCAGAGAGGGUUCUUUGGCAAGGGAGACUUGUCCCGGAGUGAACCCAGCUGGCUAGCACGUCAGAUAAAUGCCAGAAAACAAGCGAGGACCGACCUCACAUCCGAGGAGGUGACCGCAAAACGCAGGGCUGAACGCAAACAGUUUAAGCUUGAUCGCGCAAAAGCGAUGGCAGCAGCUGCAGCAGAAGCCGAAGCUGCAUUUAGAGAGGAGGGCCGUGUAAUAUCGACGGUAUAUUCAGCGGAUGGAACGCGCAUUAUACCCUCUGCGGCGACCUGGAAACCAAGUCAAACGCUACCAGAAUCACCACGAGCAUCCUCCCCCGCUGAAAGCGAGGACGAGGACGACAACGAUGUGCCCAUCGAGAAUGUGGAGCAUCUCCAGCUUACACUCUCCGAGGCAUUCUUUCUCCUGUGGAACCUGGACUGCCUGUCUGUCACGCAUCCGGAAACGGGUGAUGCACUCUCCCUCAAUCAGAUAUGGUGUGCAUUCCAGAAUGCACACGUUCCAUCGCCAAGUCUAUCCUCGAAUCUCGAUCCUCCAGCCCGCCGCUUUGACAAUCCCUUUCUCGUCAACUACGUCGCAUAUCAUCACUACAAGUCCCUAGGCUGGGUCGUGAAAAACGGUAUCAAGUUCUGUGUAGACUACCUCUUGUAUAAACGUGGGCCCGUCUUUUCCCAUGCGGAAUUUGCCAUCGUCGUGUGCCCUGUAUAUGAAGAUCCGGCUGAUCAGGAGUCCUCUCCGUUCCAACUCCAAAACACGUCCCCAUUCUCUUGGUCGUGGCUAAGCACGCUCAAUCGUGUGAACGCUCAGGUCCAAAAGACGCUCAUCUUGUCAUACGUGACCAUCCCUGCUCGUUCCCGGGUACCUGACACUGUCUUGUCAUCGCCUGCUUGCUUUAACCACUACUCUGUACGGGAGGUCAUAGUCAGACGGUUCAUUCCAGCUCGUAUGCGAGACUAGCUUAGGUUGUGCACCUGUGAUCAACCCUCAUGUAUCAAAGAAUUUUUCAAC